AUGGGUAGUACAAUUCCUGUUAUACAAAACACUGAAAAUGAUGUCAAAGCGAUUGCACAACAGUUUGUACAAACAAUCGAUAAUACAAAUCAAGGCUACAUUACUCAACAACAAUUUAUCACAGGUAUCCAACGACAUUUUCCUGCAGAUCAAUUAGAUGAAGUAUUAAAAUUUGAAAUUAUUCCAUCGCAUGUAUUAGAUGCGGUUAACAUACUCCCAAGUCUUCAAGGAUCAGCGAGUAAUUUACGCGACCAAAACGCGGUAAUGUCGGAAGACUAUGGUAUGAGCGAUGUGGUUAGCGAUGAUCAGAUACAUCAAAUAGCUGGUCAUGCCGCACGCAAAAAUUGGCAAAAAUUAGCACUUUGUCUUGGGUUUCUAGAAUAUGAUAUUGAAUCCUAUAGAGUGCAAAACAACAAUGAUCCAACUCAAACAAUGUAUGCAUUAUUGAGCGUUUGGCGAGAACAAGAGCAAUAUUUGGCAACUAAAAAUCGUUUAAAACAUUGUUUACAAGAAAGUGGAAUGACUGACUUAAUUUAUCUUUUGAACUAG